UGUAGCCCGGCCGAGACGUGGCUAGCAAGCUACUUGCGUUUACGCACCUGAAAAGAGGGGGGGAAAUCGUGACUGGGGUCUCUUUAGCUAUAAAUCUGGUCAUUUUUAGCGGGGAUUACCUGCAUAUUGGCACUGUCUGGUUGUCGGCCACAUGUAACCUGUCGGCAUCAAGUCUGAAUGGAAGCAUUGACGGCCAUUUAUUGCGGGUCCCAGUAAUGUACCAUGGGGUACGACGUCACCAGGUUCCAAGGAGAGGUGGAUGAAGACUUGCUGUGCCCCAUUUGUAGUGGGGUGCUAGAAGAACCAGUACAGGCUCCACACUGUGAACAUGCUUUCUGCAAUGCCUGCAUCACACAGUGGUUUGCUCAGCAGCAGAUUUGCCCUGUGGACCGCACAGUGGUGACGCUUGCCCAUCUUCGGCCUGUGCCCCGCAUCAUGCGCAACAUGCUCUCCAAGCUGCAAAUCAGCUGUGACAAUGCAGGUUUUGGUUGUACAGCUACACUGCGACUUGACCAACUACAGUCACACCUGAAGGACUGUGAGCACAAUCCCAAAAGGCCUGUGAACUGUGAGGAGGGUUGUGGGCUAGAGAUGCCCAAAGAUGAGAUGCCCAACCACAACUGCAUCAAGCACUUGCGUAGUGUGGUACAGCAGCAGCAAAGCAGGAUUUCAGAGCUCGAAAAAAAUGUAGCGGAGCAUAAGCACCAAUUGGGAGAACAAAAACGGGAUAUCCAGCUGCUAAAAGCCUACAUGAGAGCGAUCCGCAGUGCUAACCCCAACCUGCAGAACCUUGAAGAAAGCAUCGAGUACAAUGAGAUCCUGGAGUGGGUCAACUCAAUGCAGCCUGCCAGAGUGACACGCUGGGGCGGCAUGAUCUCCACUCCGGACGCCGUUCUCCAGGCAGUCAUCAAGCGCUCCCUCAUCGACAGCGGCUGUCCUCUGUCGAUCGUCAACGACCUGAUCGAGAAUGCCCACGAGCGAAAUUGGCCGCAGGGCCUGGCCACACUGGAGACCCGGCAGAUGAACAGGCGCUACUAUGAGAACUACGUUGCUAAGCGCAUCCCAGGCAAGCAGGCGGUGGUGGUGAUGGCAUGUGAGAAUCAGCACAUGGGAGAGGACAUGAUCCUGGAGCCGGGUCUGGUUAUGAUUUUCGCACACGGCGUAGAAGAGAUCUUAUAACCUUACAGCUGGUCGAACUGUAUCAGAGACAAAUGGGGACGUUUUGCUCAGAGGGGUGUGAUGAAUGGUUAUCUAUUCAUAAUGAAACCUCGCUAUAAAUCUGGCUCAAUAAAAAUGAGACCCUAGUCUUAUAACAAGUGGUCACUCACAUACUUGUUACUUAUGCCUUAAAGUAAGGACAUAUACUAAAUGAACCUGGCAAAUGGGAAGUCAGUUUGACUGAUGAUAUCAAAGAAAUAUGGUGAGAUGAAAUGUUUACAAGGCUUAUAGCUUGAUAUAUAGUGCUUUACACGAUCUGCAAUCUGAUUGUUCUGCUUCAUGUACUUUAUAUAGUAACACCCUUGACCCUCAAUUUAAUGUCCUCAAUUGUACAAAUGCUUGUAAAUAGAAAUAUUAUAUUGAAUUUUAAACAUAUUAUCCUUAUUCUUAUGUAAUUUGACUGUGAUUUCUUUUCUUGGCUUUUUGUUUCCCUUUUUAUUUCGUCGACUUGUCACUGUCUCAAUUGAUGUUCACUUUUUUUAUUUGCUUGCUCGCUUUAGUUUGUUUCUUGUGAAUAUUUAAUGAGACGUCUCACUUCAGACAGUCCAAACUUAUGUGCCAUUUGUUUUAUUUAUUGUGUUGCCUUUUACAUGAACAGGCUUGAAAGAUGUCAUCAUGUUGUUGUAUCUAAAUGUUCUUUCUCAGUGCGUUCGAAGGUCCUUGUAGAAGAAAAAAUUGAUUUUGUGGAGGGUUAAGUUUUUUUGUAUUUUGGUUGCCUCGGUUGUAUAUAGUCAGAAUGUAGGGUCCCGUUGAAAGUGUUAAAAUGAAGUUUAACAUUUCGACUUUCACAAAGUGAGAUACAUUUUAUUUCACAUAUCACAAUUGUUCACAUCUGUGCUUCCUUGAUCCUUUCUUGAUCUUUUUUGUGAGAAUUUAAAUAGAUUCAUUUUCUGAUUCGGUAAACAUCUGCUCACUGACAUGUCUCUCCAAACAUAAGUGUGAUGUUGUUGAGAUAUUGGGAGUGUCCGUUGGCGCUUUCAGGAUCAGAAAGAGUUAAAUUAUCAGGCGCACACACACACACACACACAACACUUGCAAGGCAGACAGUACUUAAGAAGUCCAUUUCAGUGUCCUCAUGGAGCGUAAACAGACUGGGUUUGGAUUGAGGCCUCUGGUUUCCCCCCUUGUCGGUGUUUUUGUUUUAUGUCCGUUAUCUUAUGUGCUGUGCUGUACAGAAGAAGUAAUAAA